UGCAAUCAUUGUAAAAUAUAUGCACUUGAAUAAUAAUAAGAAGCAAACUACUCAACCAUGACGCUUGACGUCAUAACAAGAUCGCACCAACCGUCCAAUCGGCUGAGAAUUAUUGGAAACGACGAUGACGUCAUUGAACGCGAAAAAGAACUUCGUCUUCCGCUUCACAAGAGAUUAGAAUUCGUAGCUGGCUUCGAUAUUCAUCAACUUGUCAGAGAUGCGCGUCAACACAGACACACCUUGCAUACAAGGGAUGGCUUUUAUUUGUCGACAUCGCCGUCCGAACUGGCAACUCUGUUCCAGCGAUCUCCGACGAGAGGAGCAUUGCGAUCUUCUACUCGGGCUUCAAUAAAAUCAGCAAAACGGCUUAUGACAUCAGCAAAAUCGUCACAAAAUUCUACUACAUCAUCAUCGAAGCAAUCUGCGAAUACGAAUACAUCAAGUUCGGGUUCGAAUCAAACUUUACCUUCGAGUCCAGACAUAAACAGCGACCUGCUUCGUUUCGAUUACAUUCACGGAGCAAAUGUUACGUUAUCUUGUGAUAGAUAUACUGCUACGAGACGUCAUAAUAGCUUUUGUGACGGAAUAGUACUGGGACAUCGACCAAUCAAAGUCGGGGAACGAAUUCAUUUCAGAUUUAACAAGGUUCGAAGAGAUUGGCGAGGUGGAUUUCGUCUUGGUUUCACUACACAAAACCCUUCUACAUUAUCAACAAACACUUUACCAAGUUAUGCAGUUCCAGACCUUUCGCGGAAAUCCAGAUUCUGGGCAGUUCCCGUGCCUGACAAAUAUGUAGCGAAGAAUAAUCUGUUUUCUGUUCUUCUACAGCGUGACGGUCGUGUUCUCUACUUUAUAAACAACGAAAACAAAGGAACAUUCUUGAAGGGUGUGAACUACAAGAAGCGUCAAUGGCCGGUGAUGGAUUUAUACGGGCGAGUCAUACAGAUUACAAUUGUUGACGACGAAACAGCUGCGCAAGGAAAUGCAAGUUUUUCAACAAAUGACUCUGAUGACGAAGACGGAGGGCACGGAACCACGGCCGAAAUUCAAGAUGCCAGAUCUUGUGGUUUUCACGAAACAUGCGGGAGAAAUAUCAGGAUGGAUGCCAGAAGAUGCAUCGCCAAGAGAGUCGAUUCGUUUUGGAAUUCAUUAACAUUCCUGUCUGAAUCAUUGAGACCUCAUGACGUCAUCUACGUUGAGAUUGCAAAGGCAAACACAAAUUAUGCAGGAGCGCUCGGGGUCGGCGUAACAAAUGUGAAUCCUGCUUCAAUAAAUAUACACGAACUUCCGGACAACGCUGAUCUGCUUACGAAAAAUACGUCACAAUACUGGAAUAUGUCACGUGACGUUGAAACCUGUGAAGGUGAUCAGCUGGGCUUUGAAAUGAAUACUGACGGCCGAAUAACGUGCAGUAAAAAUGGCGAAUGUGCCAUUUCUCACUUAAAUGCUGACCUCAGCAGAAAACCUUUAUGGCUAGCAUUUGAUGUGUAUGGCAGCACUACAACAAUAAGACUAAUGGGAAUCAUACGCGCCUAUGAUCCAUCGAUUCCACCACAUGAGCAAGAGAGGCGAUAUACACUAAACAUAGAUGACGUCAUAGCUUCUGAUGACGACACAGAAUGUAUGAUGUGCUUCAAGAAAGAUCGACAGAGAAACUGCGCCAUUCAACCAUGCGGUCACGUGACUCUGUGCUCCUGGUGCGCCAUCACUUGCAUGGUUAAACAAUCGCUCAGAUUCAUCGUUUGCCCGAUAUGUGGAGGACCGGUUCGCGAUGUCAUAAAGAUUCUAUCAAAUAACAAUAGAAGAGAAUCCUUGCUGCAAAUGCUCAUUGACGAACCGGAAUAAAAUGUGUUUAGUGUUGCCAGAUUUGAGAUUAUUACCCAUAUAUUGUCCUGAAUACUUUGAAAUGUUGAAAUUUUGCUUUCUUCUAUGUGGCGUUCUGAUGAGGCCUUGCAUUAGAAGCCACUGAUAUGUCGAAAUUACUCUUUUGAGUUGGACGGGAAAUUUCUUCGGUUUUUUGUGAUGCAGCUUGAACUGAAUAAUUUAUUAAAAUGUGCUCGGCUAUCAAUUUUAAAAUGCAAGAAAAUUAAGAUGAACAUGAAUUCAUUGUUUUUUUUUUUAUUUCAUUUCAACUUUCGGAAAUUGAAUGAAAUUCUUCUAGUUGAUUCCUAUUGUGCGACUCUAAUUGAUAAUUUUCAAAACAAAAAAAUUAUUACUGAAUUUGAAAUAUCGAAUGCUUUCAAUUUUGAAUCAAUUUGAAAAUUCGAUUCGCUUUGGACAGUUAUGCUUCUACGUUUCUGUAUAUUUCACGCUAGCUUAUUAUUAUAUAUAUAGAUAUUUAUGCAUUUCAAUUUUUUACUUAGUUCCAAUGUAAAAUGUGAUGCAAACUUUCAUGCUCCCUGUUCAAUAUGUUGCUUAUGUAUAUAUUUGUUUCAAAUAUAUUUUGUGAAAAAAUAAAAAGGCCAGUAUUUCAAUACUGGA